ACAGGAUUUCCUUUCCUCCCACUCUGAAGAAGGUGAAGGAGAAGACAGUCAAAACUUCAGGGGAUCGGGCACCUUCAGUUUAAUUAGGAAGAGAAAUUAAAAUGUGCCAAAUGUGGAAUAUGCUUCACUGAAUGAGCAUACAUAGCACACAUAAACCAUUUAAAUGUAUGCAGUGCGGAAAGAGCUUCAGUUUCAAUGGAAGCCUUAGAACACAUCAACUGACUCACACGGGUGAAAAACCUUUUAAAUGCAUGGAGUGCAGAAAGAGCUUUAGUGAAAAUGGAGACCUUAGAAUACACCAACGGACUCACACAGGGGAGAAACCAUAUAAGUGUAUGGAGUGCGGAAAGGGUUUCAGUCGGAGUGGAAAUCUUAAACGGCACAAACGGACUCACACGGGUGAAAAACCUUUUAAAUGCAUGGAGUGCGGAAAGAGCUUUAGUGAAAAUGGAGACCUUAGAAUACAUCAACGGACUCACACAGGGGAGAAACCAUAUAAAUGUAUGGAGUGCGGAAAGAGUUUCAGUCGGAGUGGACACCUUAAACGGCACAAACCGACUCACACGGGUGAAAAACCUUUUAAAUGCAUAGAGUGUAGAAAGAGCUUCAGUCUGAAUGGAAGCCUUAAAUUACACCAGCGGACUCACACGGGUGAAAAACCAUAUGAAUGCAUGGAGUGUGGAAAGAGCUUUAAUUUCAAUGCAUCCCUUAGAACACAUCAACGGACUCACACAGGGGGAAAACCAUUUAAAUGUAUGGAGUGCGGAAAGAGCUUCAGUCAGAGUGGAGGCCUUAGAACACAUCAACGGACUCACACAGGGGAAAAACCAUUUAAAUGUAUGGAGUGCGGAAAGAGCUUCAGUAAGAGUGGAGGCCUUAGAACACAUCAACAGACUCACACAGGGGAGAAACCAUAUAAAUGUAUGAAGUGCGGAAAGAGCUUUAGUGAAAAUGGAAAACUUCGAAUACAUCAACAGACUCACACAGGGGGAAAACCAUUGAAAUGUAUGGAGUGCGGAAAGAGCUUUAGUUUCAAUUCAACCCUUAGAAUACAUCAACGGACUCACACAGGGGAGAAACCAUAUGAAUGUAUGGAGUGUGGAAAGCACUUCAGUCAGAAUGCACACCUCAAUAUACAUCAACGGACUCACACAGGGGAGAAACAAUAUAAAUGUAUGGAGUGUGAAAAGAGCUUCAGUCAGAAUGGAAACCUUAAAUUACACCAGCGGACUCACACGGGUGAAAAACCAUAUGAAUGUAUGGAGUGUGGAAAGAGCUUUAAUUUCAAUGCAUCCCUUAGAACACAUCAACGGACUCACACAGGGGAGAAACCAUUUAAAUGUAUGGAGUGCGGAAAGAGCUUCAGUCAGAGUGCACACCUCAGUAUUCAUCUACGGACUCACACAGGGGAGAAACCAUUUAAAUGUGUGGAGUGCGGAAAGAGCUUUCAUCAUAAUGGAAGCUUUAGAAGACAUCAAUGGAAUCACACAGGGGAGAAACCAUUUGAAUGCCUGGAGUGUGGGAAGAGCUUCAGUGAAAGUGGAAAUCUUAGAAAACAUCAGCAGACACACACGGGAGAAACCAUUUAAAUCUAUGGCGUGUGGACUUCCGGGUCAGCGCCAUUGGUGAAUGGCGGAGUUCCUCCGACCGGAGGAAUGGGCUCCGUGAAAACUGGGUCUUCCCGCCGCGGCGAAGGUGGGGACCCGCUAGAAAUCCCAGCCGGAGGAAGCCUGGGAACGUGGGGUUCGGCAGGGCACCAGAAGCGCCCCCUACCCAUGGGGAAUCCCAUCUAGGGGCUCCGGAGCGAAGUGGGGUGAGAAGCGCGGUGCUACGAACUGACUGCUACUUUCACGGAGUGAAGCCGCACAGCCAUUGCCAGAGAGCGCUGACAUUUUCCUGUGGACAAUUGGACUUAAAACAAGUACCCGUGAGUAGAAACGGAAAAUUGGAUCAAGAAAUUGUUUUAAUUUGGUAACGAAGCGGGAAGGUGUAAACAGGAAGUCCGCCUUCCGUUUCUUUGUAUAUAGACUAAAGCAAAAAUUUGCAAGCUAAAGCCGGGAAGCUGUCAAAAAGGACUAAAUUUCCUUCAUUUAGAACCACUGAAACCCCCCUUGGAAGCAGGAGAAAAGGGGGGGGGGACUCUGUUUAACCCUAGCAGGAGAGGGAGUGAAGAAGGAUAAGUUUCCAUCAUCUCUAAACUGGGAACGGGGUGUCAGAGACAGAAACUGUUGCUGAGGUUCAUUGACGGUGAACGUAACACUUUGACAGAUAGCUAAUGAAGAGAAACAAGUUGAUUCUAAUGUUGCCUUUUGCAUCUUAAAGAAACAAAAUAUCUGAAAAACGUCUGAAAUAGCUGAAAAGUGAAAGUAACUUUCCUUUGUCUUUAAAGAAAAAAAUGGCUACAAGUAGAUUGUCUCCUCUAGAGGAGCUUGCUAAAUUGUUGUUGCAGCAUAUUUGAGACCCAACAUCUGUGAGAUUAAGACUGUGGGAACAGACUUUUCCGACCUUGAACAAAGAUGAGCUGGGAGAAAGACUGGUUGCUUGCUCUAUGCAAGACAAAUGCUUUGCUGGAACAGAUGCAUGAAAAGAUGUACUUGAUGAAUGAGAAAAUGGAUUUGACUGUUGUGGUUAAUAACAUCGAUACAGAAAUCAUCCGAGAACCAACCUAUCAAUCUGUACCGACUGGGCAAGUGCAGUUGACAAUGGAGGAGGAUGUGGCUGCACCUCAAAUAGUACAAAUGGAGAGACCCGAGGCCCCACAGGAGCAUAAGCCACUGUUAUUGAAGAUUGAAGCUGGAGUGGGCCAAGGGGAGUCUGGAGAUGAGGAGACUUCUAGCUUUGGAGAGAUUCUGAAAUUUGAUUUUAAAUUCAUUUUGGAUUACAUCGAGGACUGUGGGGAGUGGGACUGUGGGGAAUGGGUGAGCUGGGUGAAGGGUGAUGGAGACAAUUUUGGGUUGGAAUCCCCCAGAGACCUACUCCUCAAUGAGAAAGGAAAGAAACUAAGACAGAGACCAACAAGAGACAAGGAAAAGGGCAAGCACAAAGAAGAUGAAGAAGAAUUGCAGAAGGGACAUGGAAGAGAUUUAAGGGCCUCGGACAUAAGGCUUCCAGGUUGAUGGACUAGACGGAAUGGACAAUAAGGACAAUAAGGACUGACAUGACCCGAGACCAGGAAGAAGAGACGCUGGAUGAUGAUUGGAAGAGAAUUUAUAAUGGAAACUUUUUUAUUUUAGAAUCAGCUAAUGAAUAUUAGGGAAAAUGUGGGAAUGAAACUAUACGAAUCUAGCAGAAAUGAUAUUAGGAGUUAUGUAUAUUUGAAAUUUAAGAUUUAAGUUUUAAGGCACUUAGGGGUAAGAUAAGGUUAAAUAAAUUAAGGUAAUCUAAUAAUAGAAUAUGGGGAAAGAUGGUAAGGAUUUGUUAAUUAUUAGGUUAAAUUGUUAAGACAGAUUUUAUAACAAAAAUUGAGAAAGAUGGAAAGAAUUUGCUGAAAUAAUCACUAAACUAGAAUACAAAAACGGAGGUGUGAGGAGGUCAAUGAAACAAGCAAAUGGAAAUUAUGGAUAUGCAAUUUGGGAUUUGUGUUUUUUUCUCUUUUUUCUUCUUUUUUACUUUUUUUAUUGCUGUAUUGGUUUUCACAUUUUGUGCUUUUCUCUUUUUUUAUUGUCUUCUUUUUCUUUUUUCUGUUUUUGUAUUGUAGUGUUGUUUGCUGAAAUUAGCAAUAAAUAGUAUUUUUUAAAAAAAUCUAUGGCGUGUGGAAGGAGCUUCAGUCAGAGUGGAACCCUUAAUUUACGCCAACAAACACACCCAAGAGACAAACCAUAUAAAUGUCAGGAAAGGCGAUAAAGGUUCAGUCCUAGUGGAAGUCCUAUAUCAACAGACUCAUGGACAGGAAGAACUUUAAGAGUUGAAACCCGACAAACCAUCAACAAACUCAAAGCGGAGAAGCAGCUUAAAUGGAAGGAUUACAGAAAGUGCUUUAGUUAUAAUGGAGUGUUUAAGAAACAUCAAGAGAGUCUCAGAUGGGAGAACCCAUUUAGAUGUAUGGAGUGCGGGACAUGUUCCUCUCAGAGUCCCCUCUUCUUCACAGCAAUGAACUCAGAGGAGAUCCGGCUUCCGGCUUCAGGGCCCAGCUGAGUGUUGGCAUUAUCUCGAACUAGGUAACUCCUCUCUAAUCUUCACUGUGUCUGUGUCUCUCCCUGCUUCUGAGACCACGGGAAAUGAGGGGGGCUGUUUCUCCCCCUCCUCUUCUGAGGAAAGCUAAUCUCCUUGAGAAUGCAUUCCCCAAUAUUCAGCUUCAGACCAUUCCCUGACAAAACACAUUGCCCUGUUUCGUUCCAGCCUCUUGCUUCCCUUGCUCCCUUCUGCUGGUGUGUGUACCUGUGUGCUGUAUUUCUUUAAAUGAAGGUAAUGUCUCACAAUAGUGAGAAUAAUUUUAGAUAUAAAGUACCUUUUGACAGGGACGCGGGUGGCGCUGUGGGUUAAACCAUAGGUUCGUGGUUUGAAUCCCUGCGACAGGGUGGUCUACCAUUACUCGGUCCUUGCUCCUGCUAACCUAGCAGUUCAAAAGCAUGUCAAAGUGCAAGUAGAUAAAUAGGUACCGCUCAGGCGGGAAGGUAAACGGUGAUUCCGUGUGCUGUUCUGGUUUGCCAGAAGCGGCUUAGUCAUGCUGGCCACAUGACCCGGAAGCUGUACGCCAGCUCCCUCGGCCAGUAAAGCGAGAUGAGCGCCGCAACCCCAGAGCUGGUCACGACUGGACCUAAUGGUCAGGGGUCCCUUUACCUUUACCUUACCUUUUGAUAGAGAAAGGGAGAGGGUGAAUAUGGAUUGCUGGUGGUGGGUGAGGAGUAGGGCUGGGCGAUAUAUUGAUAUAUUAUCCAAUGCUGGUUUCUAGACCAUAUCCCGAUAACCUUUGAAAAACAAUUGAUAUGUCAAUACACUGCGAAUCACAGUGUGUGUUUCUGGAAUGCACAUUUACCUGAAAGGAGCCGGCAGAAAGCUUUGCUUCGUGAAGUCCCUGGAGAUGCUACGCUGCUGACUUCACUCCCAGACGACAGGAAGCAAAACACACUCAUCCAUUGCCCUGUGUCCUUCCAGCCUCUUUCCUCCCUUGCUCCCUUCUGCCGGUGUGUCUGCCUGACUUAGAUAUCCUGUGUGCUGUAUUUUUUUACUGCUGAAACUGGAUUUGCUCUCAGGAGCUAAUUUUGUGCCUCUCUGGGGACCCAAGUGAGAACUGUAUGCUUUGAAAGCUCAGUAAACUAUUACUGAAGAAGUCCUGCUGCCCCUAUGUGUGUUUUUGUCCUCAGCGUGGGACUUGCUCUGCAUGUGGCCCCUACCCUGCUGCUACUUGGCUCAUGCCCUGGAGUUGCUCUACUCAAGCAUGCAAGACGGGUGCAUCUGUGUGUGACUGGUUUUUGCACCAAACUCUGUCACCACCACCACCGCAUGAUCUCCAAACACUGCUUCUUCACCAGAACUUCAUCCCUGCC